CUUCUGUGCACCCACUGACUCCCCCCAUGCAGGCCUAUCUUCAAUACCGCCGCAUCGGCCACGCGGUGCGCCGACAGCUGGAAGAAUACCCCGAGUUCUCCCGGCCGGAAGCCACAAAAGAUGACCUCCCCGGGGAGACCAGCGACAAGGACUCGCAGCACCGUCGUCCCAGCCCGCUGCUGCCGGGCGUGCAGCUGAAGGACGUCGUCGACGACGAUGGCACGUCCUCGUCCGUCCUCCUGGUCGACUGGGAACACGACCACGACCCCAUGAACCCUCGCAACUACUCCCGGACAACCCGCAUCUGCGCGACCCUCAUCGUCUCAGCUCUCGGCUUCGCCGUCGGUGCCGCCUCGUCCAUCGAAUCCGGCGUCCUCCCCCAAAACGCAGCCGCCUUCCACGUCAGCGAUGUAGUCGCCUCUCUCGCAACGGGCACAUACCUGCUCGGCUUCGCCGCCGGGUCUCUCGUCUCCGGUCCGCUCUCCGAAAUCCUCGGCCGAAACGCCGUCUACAUGGGCUCUCUCACGCUGUUCAUGAUCUUCGUGAUGGCAUCCGGUCUCGCGCCCAACAUCGGCGCGCAGCUCGCCUUUCGCUUCCUGGCGGGCAUCUUCGGCUGUCCGCCGUUGACCUGCGCGGGUGGCACCAUCGCCGAUCUGUGGAACCCGCUCGAGAAGACGCUCUUCUUCCCGCUCUACGCGGUGCUUUCUUUCGGCGGCCCCGUCCUGGGCCCCGUCAUCGCAUCUUACAUGGGAGAAGGAACCCUUUCCUGGCGCUGGACUAACUGGAUUAUCCUGAUCCUCGCGGGUCUCAUCUUCGCCCUGAUUGUUUUCCUACAGCCAGAGACCUACGGCCCGCUGCUCCUGAAAUGGAAGGCCCACCACCUCCGCCACAUCACCGGCGACGACCGCUACCGAUCCCCCAUGGACUUGCAGAAGACGGCGCUGUUCUCGCGCAUCGGAACCGCCUGCAUGCGCCAGUUCGCGCUCACCAUCUCCGAGCCCAUCAUCCUGCUGAUCGCCCUCUACAUGACCGUCAUCUACAUCGUGCUGUUCACCUUCUUCGAUGGUUACACAUACAUCUUCAGCGACGUGCACGGCCUCUCGCAGGGACUGACCAACAUCGUCUGGGUAGCCAUGUACGUGGGUAUUUCACUCGCGGGGCUGUUCGUCCCGGUGGUUUAUAUCUGGACGAAGCGAGAAUUCAAAGACGCUGCGGCGUCAGCUGCCGUCUCGCGAGCCCCCAGCUCGGAGAUGGUCGCUGAGGCAGACGUGGACCCGAAUGCAAACGCUCCCGAGAAAGAGGCUCACCUGCAUAUCGCUCGUCCAGAAAACCGUCUCUGGUUCGCCAUGCUAGGUGCUCCGGGGAUCCCGAUCGGGUUAUUCUGGAUGGGUUGGACGGAUUAUUCCUCCAUAUCCAUCUGGUCCCCCAUAUUGGCAAGCACGCUCUUCGGCUUCGGCACCAUCUGCGUCUUCAUCUCCUCGUACAUGUACGUCAUCGACGCCUACGACAUCUACGCCGCCUCCGCGCUAGGAUUUAUGACCGUGUCGCGCUACUGCGCUGCCGGUGGCAUGACCGUCGUCGGCAUUCCGUUCUACAGCAACAUGGGCGUGCAUUAUACGCUUACUAUCCUGGGCGCGAUCAGUGCGCUGAUGACGCCUGUGCCGUAUGUGUUUUAUCGCUAUGGGACUGUUAUUAGGGGCUGGAGUAAGUAUGCGGUUUAGGUUUAGGUUUAGGUUUAGGCGGUUGGGUCUGGUUGGGUCUGGUUGGGUCUGGUUGGGUCUGGUCUGGGGGGUAUUUUGUGUGGAGGUGGAGGUGGAGGUGGAGGUGGAGAUGGAGGAUGGGGUAAUGGGCGUUGGAGAGACAGACAGAGAGAAAGAGAAACAAACAAAAAAAUUACGGAUGUUAGAUGAGAUAUAGAUGAGACUUAGAUUUAGAUAUCUUUAGAUUAAAAUUAUGG